AUGCUAUCCUUUUUCUGGUGUGGAUCACGACAGAAAGCCCAGAAAUGGAGACAAAUUGAAGAAAAGGCAGCGAAUUUAGAGCAACAGCCAUCAUGGAAUGCUCCAGAUAAUUCACUCAUCUUUCAAGCCUUUGAAUGGCAUGUUCCAGCUGACCGGUCGCAUUGGCGCCGUCUGCGGGAUUUGUUACCUGCCUACAAAGCCAUCGGUGUUGAUCAGAUCUGGGUUCCGCCCGGAUGCAAGGGCAUGGAUGCGCAUGGCAAUGGCUAUGACAUCUAUGACAUGUAUGAUUUGGGAGAGUUUGAUCAAAAGGGCGCGGUUCCCACGAAAUGGGGCACGAGGCAAGAACUCGAGGAUUUGAUGCUUCAAGCGGAAAUCUUGGAAAUUCGUGUGAUUUGGGAUGCAGUGCUUAAUCAUAAGGCUGGUGCGGAUUAUCCAGAGCCCUUCAAGGCUGUUAAAGUUGAUCCUAAAAGAAGAGAUUUGGAAAUUUCCAAGCCAGUUGAGGUCAAUGGCUGGACAGGCUUUGAAUUCUCCGGUCGCGGUGAUAUGUAUAGCUCGAUGAAGUAUCACUGGCAACAUUUCAGCGGGAUCGACUGGGAUGAUAAGAGCAAGGAAAACGCAAUCUACAAGAUCGUCGCCCCCAACAAAGACUGGGCGAAGGAUGUCUCCACAGAGAACGGGAACUACGAUUAUCUUAUGUUUGCCGAUCUGGACCUGACACAUCCAGAAGUUCGCGCUGACCUCCUGCAAUGGGGAACUUGGAUCACGAAUACAUUGAGCCUCAAUGGAAUGCGGCUCGAUGCUGCCAAACACUUCUCUACUGGAUUCCAAAAGGAUUUCGUGCAACAUGUCAAGAAAACCGCCAAUCCGGACUUUUUUGCGAUAGGAGAGUAUUGGACAGGACAUUUACCGUCUCUGCUUGAUUAUCUCGAGAAGGUGGAAUAUACUCUCACUGCUUACGAUGUCCCUUUAGUGGAGAAGUUCUCCAAGAUAUCGCAUGCAAAGGGAUCCGACAUGCGUCACAUUCUGAAAGAUACAUUGGUAGAGUGCCGGCCAGACCACGCCGUGACGAUCGUCACGAACCACGAUACGCAACCAGGACAAAUGCUCGAAACCCCGGUCGCCCCAUCUUUCAAACUGCUCGCAUACGCCCUGAUCCUCCUCCGCAAAGGGGGGCACCCUUGCGUCUUCUACGGGGACUUGUAUGGAAUACGAGCCAAUGUGGAGAACCCAAUGACACCGAGUUGCAACGGCCUCCUGCCCAUUCUCAUGCAAGCACGUAAAUUGUACGCCAACGGCGAACAGCAAGAUUACUUCGACCAACCAAACUGCAUAGGAUUCGUCCGUUACGGAAACGCCCGUCACCUCUCUGGUCUGGCGUGUGUUAUCAGUAAUGCCGGUUCGGCUGUGCAAAAGAUGUAUGUUGGCCAGCGCCACGCAUACGAGGAGUGGGUCGAUCUGCUGCAUUCUGAGAUGAAGCCUGUCAUUAUCGAUAAAAAGGGGUAUGGGGUGUUCGCUGUCAAAGCGAUGAGUGCUAGCGUCUGGGUUGAGUCGGCUACUGUCAGCCGCGACAAUAUUAAAAGGGAUUUCAACGUUAAUAUUUACAAUAAUUAA